AUGCCUACCAUGGGGAUAAUCCGCAGGCCUCUUCCGAGGCAUGUUCGUGAUCCCGCUGUUUUUGGGCACAUUCCCGAUGUCCCGGUUGGAACGCGAUGGGGAUCCAGGCAGGAAUGCAGUAAUGACGGGGUGCACCCGUCCAUCAUGGCAGGGAUUUGCGGCCGCCAAGAAACUGGUGCAUACAGUGUCGCGUUAUCUGGAGGAUACGAAGAUGAUGUUGAUGAAGGAAAUACAUUUACAUACACUGGUUGUGGUGGCCGCGAUACUGGGGGAGACAAGAAGCUUAGGACAGGACCUCAAGCAUAUGACCAAUCAUUUGAUAAUCCAAAAAAUAGAGCUUUGAAGGUAUCUGUUGAUACUGGAAGGCCUGUUCGGGUGAUCAGAGGCUUCAAGCUUGACUCUAAUUAUGCUCCAGCUGAGGGAUAUCGUUAUGAUGGACUGUACAAAGUAACUGAAGCGUGGCUUGCCACUGGGAAGGCUGGGUACAAAGUUUGCAGGUACAGAUUUGUGCGACUCCCAGAUCAACCUCCAAUUCCAAGAAGAGAAGGCAACUUCAGUUCAACUUAUGUCAGUCGACCCAGGCAUUACAGUCCCAUUCCGGAGCCCAAGUAUGAAGGUACAGCUAUACCGAAAAUGGAGCAAACUCGUCAAGGAUCUUCUUCCACAUCAUCGAGACCAUCUGUCCCUACUUCUUCCAGGGCGGGUUCUGCCGGUGCCGGUGCCAGCUCAUCCUCGCGGCGUCCGCUCAAGUUCACGAAGAUCCAGCUGGGAACUAGGCCUCAGGCCAGUUCUUCAAACCUCACUAGGGCAAAACGACGGAGAGACGAUCCUAUUCCGGAACCAAAGUUUGAAGGCUACUACGUCGCGAAGCAGGAGAAUGUAGACGCCCAUACAUCAAAAUCGUUCUCGGGCCAAUAG